UUAAAAAAAGGCAAAGUUCAGGAACAUACUUACAGAUUUUACAGCCUCAUGAUAUCCUCCUAGAUUCUUGCUUGGUAACAGGACGCUAAAUGAUCAAAUAACUAUUCAGAAUUGAAUUUUCACAAAUAAUGAGAUGUAUCAUUUGUGCAGCGCAGCCGUGGAGCGUGCCAACUUGUUUUGGCUUUGACGUCAGGUGAGUGAAACACCCCUCAUCAUCCUGCUCCUGAGCAGGCGUGCGUCUGCUGAGGUGCGCACUGAGCGCGCCGCUCGGCCCGCCCGGACACUGCAGUGUAGGUUACCGUGCCAUCGCUGCGGCUGCUCGCUCCCGAUACCACGUCCCGCUGCAGACUUUCCGGGCCCGGGGAGAACAGGGGGACAAGAGGGAAGUGCAGGAAGCCAUGGCGGAGUCCAACCCGUCGUGGGGGUUCCCCCGUCUGCGCCGGGCCGCGACCUCAUUUCCAGGCAAUCUUCAUUUGGUCUUAGUGCUCCGCCCCACCGGCUUGUUGAGCAACACUCCCAGUCCGUCUUCGAGCACUGACCUGGGCUUUCGCUUCAGCCAGGAUGACUUCCUGUUAAAGAUGCCGGUGGUGAUGCUGCGCUCGGUCGGUGACCUGCUGCGCUACAUCGAUGAAAACCACCUGACGUCGGACUUCACUGCAAAAGUAGAGUAUUGCCAAAGUGACUGGAUCGUCCUCCGCACGGCCAUUGAGACCUUUGCAGUGACAGUGAAAGAGAUCGCCCAGGUGUUGCAGGGAUUCGGAUCAGAGCUGUCUGAGACCGAACUCCCAGAUGAGGCAAAUGCCAUCGAGUUCCUGCUGCACUCACACACACACCGAUACCGACAGAUGAAGGACGAUAUCCGAAAUGUGCUGAAAGAAGGACGCCUGCUGCUGUCGAACCUGGAAACUGUCAAGGCCUCUAAGAGAGAUGUGGAGGAGGAGAGGGACAUAAGAGCAGACAUGGACACUGUUCAGAGGCUCCUGGCCCAGCUCCGGGACAUGGAGGAGGCUUUUGAUGGCUUCUUUGAGAAACACCACCUGAAGCUGCAGCAGUACCUCCAGCUGCUGCUCUAUGAAAUGAGUUUCCAACAGAUGGACGAGGUGCUGAAGAAGCUCACGGACCAGGAGAAGGAAAUCGCCUAUGUGGGAGCUACAGUGGUUCAGACAGAACAGCUUCUGAGAGACCUGGAGAAGCUGGACACACGUGCUCAGGACGAGAUGGCUCGUGCCCAGGUGGUCAUCCUGCAUGGUCACCAGUUGGCUGCCAACCACCACUACGCCCUGGCACUCAUCGUCCAACGCUGCAAUGAGCUGCGACAUCACUGUGAUGUCAUCACCACUGCCAUGCGCACAAAGCGGGCCUCGCUCACACGAGCACGAGACCUGCUGCUCCGUCUGGAAGGGGCCCUUCGGUGGUGUGAUGAGGGUGCUUAUCUUCUGGCUAGUCAAAUGGUGGACAGAUUCCAAACCAGAGAGGGAGCUCAGGAGGCACUGCAGUGCCUGAGCUGUCACCAGGAGAGGGUGCCGUCUGCACUGAAAAACACCCAGGACACUCUGAGCCUGGAGUUUGAAGCCAUACUCACCCCACAGCUGCAGUCCCAAAUCUUGAUGGUAACAGAGAAGCUUAACUCGAUGCAGUCCAUGAUCAGAAACAGAGAGCAGUGUCUGAGGAAGUUGGCAGAUGUACAGGUCAGACCAGUUCAGCUGGUGGCCCCCAGACCCGAACCCGACCAGACCUCACAGCGCUGCAAGUCACCCCUCUUCUCACCCAAACACGGUGUUGACUUUAAUGUGCUGAACUCCAAGUUCUCCUUCGACCUGCUUCCUGGCAAGAGAGCCACAAGGAGGAACAACUGCCAACCCAAGAUUGAGGUAAUGCAUGAUUUCCAAGGCAACCGAAGUUCCCUGUAUGGCCCCACCACGGACACAGAGUCAGAGGCAGAAGACAAUCCAGAGCAGGUCACACGCCACAUUAUAAAGGAACUCAUCGCUACAGAGAGGGUCUAUGUGGAUGAGCUGCUGUCUGUGCUUCUGGGCUACAGAGCAGAAAUGGAGGACCCGUCCAUGUCUAAUCUUCUUCCUUCAGCUCUACGCAGCCAGAAAGACGUUCUGUUUGGCAACAUGCCAGAGAUCUACCAGUUCCACAGCAGGAUCUUCCUCCAAGAUCUGCAGGGUUGCCUGGAGACCCCAGAGAGGGUGGGGGCUUGUUUCCUGCAGCGGAAAGAGAAGUUCCAGGUGUAUGAGCGUUACUGCCAAAACAAACCUCGCUCUGAGUUGCUAUGGAGACAGUGCUCUGAUUCGCCCUUCUUUCAGGAGUGCCAGAAGAAGCUGGACCACAAGCUGGGUCUGGACUCUUAUCUCCUGAAACCGGUCCAACGCCUCACCAAGUACCAGCUGCUUCUCAAGGAGCUGUUGAAACACUGUACCGAGGAGAGAUACCGCUGUGAACUCCAGGAGGCCCUGGACUCCAUGCUGGAGCUUCUGAAGUCUGUCAACGACUCCAUGCAUCAGAUAGCCAUCACUGGAUAUCAGGGUGACCUCAGCCAGCUGGGCCGGGUGGUGCUGCAGGGGGGCUUCAGCGUGUGGAUCAGCCAUAAGAGGGCAGCGGUGCGGAUGAAAGAGCUGGCCAGGUUCAAACCCAUGCAGAGACAUCUCUUCCUCUACGAACACGCCCUGCUCUUCUGCAAGCGCAGAGACGAGGACUCUCACGACAGGACGCCCUUCUACAGCUUCAAGUCCUGCCUCAGAAUGAGUGCAGUGGGAAUCACAGAAAACGUGAAAGGAGAUGUGAGGAAAUUUGAAAUCUGGUACAGCGGCAGAGAAGUGGUGUACAUCGUUCAGGCGCCCACACUUGAGGUCAAAGUUGCCUGGCUGACGGAGAUUCGAAAAAUUCUCACCAACCAGCUGAAGAUGCGUCAAGAUGAGGCUCCCUCUCUUCCACUUUCAGACAACCCCCUCUCUGACAGUGCAUCAGAGAUGUGUGUUUCAUGGGGCGGAGCGUCGGUGGGAGGCUGCUCAGCGUGUCUGCCUGUUCCUCACAGCUCCUCGGCAACAAGCCACUCCCACAGGCUCGGAGGGGAGGAGUCAACACACACUAGCCCCGCCCACUCAGACCCCGUGGUUCACUCGCCUCGCCGCACUUGGCCUGUCCCUGCCCACUCAGUGGCGAUCUGUGAUGGCCUGGAGGACUGGGGUGCAGCCACAGACUUCUCCAACAUAUCAGACUCAGACGAGGAGGAUCAGCCUGCCCCCCUGGUGGCGGGCAGGUACAGGGUCAUGGUAGAAAGCAGCAUGGCCAGCGCUGAUGACAUCAUCUUUAAUUGUGGUGAUGUCAUCCAGCUUCUUCAUGAGGAAUUGUCAGGAAUGUGGAUGGUGAGGAACAUAAGCCGUGGUGAAGAAGGGCGUGUUCUGUCUGAGGACCUGCACAGGAUUCUGGGAGAAACCUGCUAAUAGCCAAUCAGAGCAGAGGAUAGAUGUGUGUCACCUGUUUUUGACCCUUUUUGACUGACACACACACAUGCACACACACACAUGCACUCCACUUCCUGACCAAAAAGGGGAAUCUGACUCUUCUGAGACGUUCAUCAGAUCAUCGGAUCAUCAGACUGAAGCACAUCAACUCUUACUCUUCAAACUGCUGUGACGCUUUGACCUCAAAAGGCUGUAAAGUACAGAAAGAACCUCAGAAGACUGUAACAAUGCAAAGCACAUAUGUGGGACCCCACAGAACUGGCACCUUCUUUUUCUUUAUCUGUCUUUUCCAGUGUAAUACAGUAGAUUAUUUUGGCUUACAAGUGAAGACGCUGAACGAUGGCUUUCAUUCAUACCGACAGAAUGGACUUAUGUUUAAGACUUCAGGUUUUAUCAUUUCUAUUUUCUUACGAAAUGUUAGAGAAAUCAUGCAUAUACCUACCGACAUAUCAUUACUCUUCAUGUGCCAAACAGCUCAGCUGAUUUUGUGGCUUUUUUUUAUAUAUAUGUAACACACCAACUUUAGCUUGUGGUGUCAUUGUUUUCAGUGAAUUUAAAGCCUCUUUCUUUCCAAUGGCAGCCGGGUACGUCAUCAUUUGUGAGCUGCCAAAGAUCCAUGGUGGAUCCACGUCUUGUUGGCAAAAUAAUGUAUUCAGUAUCUGCCAGGUGCGCUCACAUGAAAAAAGAAGAAAAAAAGACAACAAGGCACCCAAAUAAUAACUUGGGAAUACUGAGAGAAGAAAUUGCAGGUCUCCUUGUUCAUUGCAGCAAUAGUGGAUUUGACUUGUUUGGGGAUGUUCCAAACUCCAUAGAUACUUUUCAACAUAUAGCAGGAAAUGUACAAGUGUAAUCAGUAACAUGUCACAAUAAUGGCUGAGUUCUAUUUAGCUUUGCUCUUGUGCAAGGUGCCUUGGGGGGAUGUUUCAAUGGAGGCAUCAGAAGUGCUUCUCUUACUUUACCAAGUGAUGAGAAAAAAAAGCGUCGACUGAUGCAGCCCUGUUGGUCAGUCGUGCAGGUGAACCAUCUGUGUCAGGUGGAAGCACUGCAGUACUUAUACAGGACAAAGGUUGUAUGGGGAGACUUGUACAUUGGCUGUCACUGCAGCUGCAAGUGAGUGGACGUCAGGC